UAAACGUCAGAUUUCCAGGAAUCUCGCCUGGCCGCGGAGCCUCGGUGCCUUGAUUUGGAAACCGUUCGAUACAGGUGUUAUUUAGUGCCCUGGAGAUAUGAACCCACCCUUUUUCUUUUAUCCAACAAGGAUAAAUAUAUUAUAAACAUUUAAAAACUUCGGUUACGUUAUCUCUAAAGGGUUUUCCUUAUCGCAUGUAUAAGUAAUUUUUCUUAACUAUAAUCGUUCUUCUUGGAAUCGUGAACUACGCAUAUUGAAUAGAGUCUUCAUCAUGUCGCUUUGGGCAAGAGCUCAGCAGUUGCCCCAAGAAAGCUUGCAGCAGGUGCGCGCCAUCUAUGGAGACCAUUUUCCGAUAGAAGUACGACAUUGUCUCGCUUCGUGGAUAGAAAGCAGGAUAUGGACCACGGAGCCGGAAGAACAGCAGCGGUACUUCGUGGAGGAGUUGGUCCAAGAGAUCCAGACCAACGCUGAUUUGAUGCUGUCUCCGGAGAUGUUUGUGACCCAAAUGAAGUUGAAAGAAGCUGCCAAUAACUUUAGAGUGCAGUACAGCCACGAACCUCACAAGCUAUACGCUUACCUGCGUCGUUGCUUGGCUUUAGAGAUGGAGGUUAUACAGAAUGCGAUGGGAACACCCUAUGUAGCCCAACCUCAUACUGAAAGGAAGUAUAGUGAGCUUAUAACUGGGCUACAGAACGUGAGACAGAAAGUAAGUAUGGUUGGUGAAGAGAUCAGAUCUUUGCAAGCAAAUAUCGAGUCGUUCUCUCUGCAAUAUCACGAAUGCUUGAAGAACAAGGGUCAUAUUAACUACCUCCAGCAAUCAGGACCUAUAACUGCGGAGCGUCGGGAACUGGAGGCACAUUUGCGUGUCCAGAUUGAAGAUAUGGAGAGGAAACUUAAUGCUCUGGUGGCUCAGAUAAACCAAUCUCAAAUGGAGUUGGUAGAUCGUAUGAAGGAUAAUAUCGCAAACUUGAGGCAGUUGCAGAGCCAAGUGCUGGAUGAGGAGUUGAUCAAAUGGAAACGCGAACAGCAAUUGAGCGGGAACGGUGUCCCAAUGCAAUCCAACUUGAACACGAUCCAGGAGUGGUGCGAGCUACUCGCCGAUCUCAUCUGGACGAGUCGCCAGCAAGUGAACAACGUCGCGAGAAUCAACAGCAAGACGAUAGUCGAGUUGAGGCAACCGCAUCUAGUCGAAAUGUUAGACGAUAUGAGUAAACAGGUGACAAGCUUGCUGUCCACCCUUGUGACCUCCACCUUCGUGAUAGAGAAGCAGCCGCCUCAAGUUAUGAAGACCAACACUCGCUUUACAGCGACUGUACGUUUAUUAGUUGGUGGUCAAUUAAAUGUUCAUAUGACACCUCCUAGAGUUACGGUGGUAAUAAUAUCGGAACAACAAGCUCAGUUGUUACUAAAAAGUGACACUCAAGGAGGUAGAGGCAAGCAGCCGGUGGAGUGCGGAGAUAUAUUGAAUAACAGCGGAUGUAUGGAGUACCAGCAUACUAGCCGCCAGCUCAGUGUCAGCUUCAGGAACAUGCAACUGCGUAAAAUAAAACGUGCGGAAAAGAAAGGGACAGAGAGUGUUAUGGAUGAGAAACUGACUUUACUCUUCCAGUCUGAGUUCAAUGUCGGGGGAGGGGAACUUGUGUUCCAGGUAUGGACAUUAUCUCUACCCGUGGUGGUGAUAGUCCACGGCAACCAGGAGCCCCACGGCUGGGCCACCGUCACCUGGGACAACGCCUUCAGCCCUCCAGGACGGGUACCAUUUGCUGUCCCAGAUAAGGUGACUUGGGGCCAGUUAGCGGAAACUUUACGCAUCAAAUUCGGUUCAGCGACCGGAGGAGAUCUCUCCGAGGAUAAUUUACGAUUCCUCGCCGAGAAGAUAUUCAGCCUGCCAUACAGGAGCAUCCUGCCGAUGUCUACGCUGGAGCUGAACGCGAUGGCGGUGAGCUGGACGCAGUUCUGCAAGGACGCGCUGCCCGAGAGGAACUUCACCUUCUGGGAGUGGUUCUACAUGGUCGUCAAAGUCACCAGGGAUUAUCUGCGCACUUUGUGGUGUGAUAGAUUGAUAAUGGGUUUCAUACAGAAGAAACAGGCCGAGGAAAUGUUAGCGAAGUGUCCUCCGGGAACUUUCUUACUUCGUUUCUCUGAUUCUGAACUCGGAGGGAUCACUAUCGCUUGGACUGGAGAAGGUAACGAAGUGUUCAGUCUGCAGCCGUUUACUUCCCGCGACCUGAUGCUGCGGUCGCUCGCAGACCGCAUCCUGGACCUCUCCCAGCUGCAGUUCCUCUACCCCAAUGUGGCGAAGGAUGAUGUCUUCUCCAAGUAUUAUACUAAACCUGAGAAUGAGAUGCUGAAGAAUGGUUACGUGAAGCCGGUACUGGUGACCACGUUACCGCCGUACAUGUCGCCGUCGCCCGCGUAUGCUCACUCGCAUUCCCCGGACUCGCAUCGCAACACGCCCAGCGUUCAAAGCAGGUACAUGCUUGAGUUUUGAAACUACGCGACGUGAAUUUUUUUUUCCAAGAUCCUUAUUUUUUUAAGUUUAGUUUUAAUUUAAGUCACAUCCUUUGAUUUGGUGGUUUUUUAUAUUUUUUUUUAUUUUUUACUUUAGUUUUUAAGUAUCUGUGCUUCCCUUCCUUUAGGUUUAGUAUCACGAAAAACAAAACUGAACUCUAUUUUUAUAGAAGUAAAGUACAUUAUAACUUAGUUGUAUUUAGUUUUAGUUUACGUAAAAAAUUAAAAAAUAUCCUCGAAAAAAUUAUUUAAGACUGGAAAGUAUAUCAGAGGUGGUCAUUUUUGUACAGUACAAAUACUAUAUGUUAAAAAAAUACACUUUUCAACCAAUUUUUUUGACUUAACGAAUCAAAAAUCUACUUAUAAAUUAAAUUUGACAUUAAUUAAAAUGCAUUUUUAAACUAACAGU